UGUCAGAUUUGCAUCCAAGCUGGCAGCCUGAGGUGCCCUGAGGCUUCACAGUCCCUCUUGAAUGUCUAUACCAAUUGAUACUCUUUGCUGUGUAACAGCUUUCAGGCAGGGGUUCCCUGAAAUUCAGAACUUUUUGGGCUUUAGUUUGAUUUUACUUAAAAAACAUUAGAACCCGAAACAAUAUUAAAACAACAAAAACAACCAAAAAAAAAGCAAAUCAGAAAGCGGAAUCAGGUUCUCCAGUCGGCUCUUUCCCCUGGUUAAACUGCCCGGACUACAACCGCCUGACUUUAUAACAUGCAAGGCACUGAUACCAGGGGGAGCUCCCCUGCAUUCCUCUGUCCUCAGAACGGGAGCAGUCACAGGUCUUCGGGGUACGUCCCGGGGAGAAUUGCCCCUCUCCGCCCCCCACCACCUUCGCAGAGCCAUGCUGCAGCAGAAUUUACCUCGGCGAGACCGGAAGCCCAGACGAGACUCCCGUCCUUACCAGUGGAGCAGCACCGCCGACAGGCAGAAGCCAACAGACAUAAAAAUACUCUUAUUUGUUCUGCCAUUUCUAGCCUUUCACUUUUUGUUGCACUGGGGAUUUUUUUGGGAAUAGCUUCAAAGUAUGCUCCAGAUGAGAAUUGUCCUGAUCAGAAUCCUCGCCUUAAAAACUGGAGCCCUGGAAAAGAUCCUGAAAAACGAGUUAUUAUCAAAAAAGGGGAUUUGUUUCGUCUGAACUCAGACGCUACAGUACACUCUAUAGUUAUACAGGAUGGAGGUUUACUUGUUUUUGGUGAUGAUAAAGAAGGUUCUAAAAAUAUUACCUUGAGAACAAGAUUUAUCCUGAUAAAGGAUGGUGGAAUGCUUCAUGUUGGAGCAGAAAAAUGCCGCUAUAAAUCCAAAGCAACUAUUAUUUUGUACGGGAAGUCAAAUGAAGGUGCUGAUGUGCCAGAAUUUGGCAAAAAAUUUAUUGGCGUGGGCCCUGAAGGAACGCUGGAGUUGCACGGGCACCAGAAGGUAUCAUGGACUCUUCUGUCAAAGACUAUAUAUUUCUCAGGGCUGGCCUAUGGUCAUUAUACAUUUAAAAAGAAUUUUUCCCGAGGACUAAAUGUUAGAGUGAUCGAUCAGGAUACAGCGGAGGUUUUGGAAGUGCUGAAGUUUGAUACUCAUGAAUUUGCAGAGGAAAGCUUAAAGCUCCAGAACUUACUGAAAAAUGGGCAUCCUGGUCGAAUUAUUGCUAUUGCUGUAGGAGAUUCAGCUGCUAAAAAUCUUUUGGAGGAAACUAGAGUGACUAUUCAAAAUCUUCUGGGAAGUAGGUUUGUCAGAGGAUUAAGUUACAGGCAAGCCUGGGCUAUAGUUGGUGUCAUAGGUGGUGGAAAUUCUUCCUGUAAUGAAUCAGUGAGAAACUAUGAAAACCACAGCACUGGUGGGAAAGCUCUUGCUCAAAAAGAGUUUUUCACAGUGGAUGGUCAGAAGUUUGUUGUGAGAGCUUACAGCGAAUGGAAUGAUGGUGUCCCAAUAUCAGGCUUCCAGGUGGAAGCGGUGGGUGGAGUAAUACUGAAUCUUCUGGAUGAUGUUAGUAGUUGGGAGCCUGGAGACAGGAUUGUGGUUGCGAGCACUGACUAUUCAAUGUAUCAGACAGAGGAAUUCACCCUCCUUCCCUGUACGGAGUGUACCAAGCAUCAGGUUAAAGUCAAAGAGAACCCUCAGUUUCCUCAUGUAGGAGAAGUAAUUGAUGGAGUGGACAUGAGAGCAGAAGUUGGAGUUCUUACAAGAAACAUCCUAAUAAAGGGGGAGACAGAAAAUACCUGCUAUCGUGAAAAGGAGUGUCAGUUCUUCAGUUAUGAUACAUUUGGUGGACAUAUCAAGAUUUUGAAGAAUUUUACAUCUGUUCACCUUUCCUAUGUGGAAUUGAAGCAAAUGGGCCAGCAGCAGAUUGGAAGUUAUCCUGUUCACUUUCACCUUUGUGGGGAUGUGGAUGAAAAAGGAGGAUAUACUUUUAAAACUUAUCUGGAAGGUCUUUCCAUUCAUCACUGUUUUUCCAGAUGUGUGACUGUUCAUGCAACUAAUGGUUUGCUGAUAAAGGACACCAUUGGCUAUGACACACUAGGUCACUGUUUUUUCAUAGAAGAUGGCAUUGAGCAGAGGAAUACUUUGUUCCACAACCUUGGGCUAGUCACAAAACCAGGCACUCUUCUACCUACAGACAGAAACAGCAGCAUGUGUAUUGGGAUUAGGGAUAAGGUAUAUGGAAGUUAUGUCCCAGUACCAGCCACAGACUGCAUGGCCGUUUCAACAUUCUGGAUUUCUCACCCCAACAAUCAUCUUAUAAAUAAUGCAGCAGCAGGCUCACAGGAUGCUGGAAUAUGGUAUUUGUUCCACAGGGUUGCUACAGGAGAUUCUCACAGUCUAGCCAUCGAAACCAAAUCAGAGCUUACACCCCUAGGAAUCUUCUAUAACAACAGGGUUCAUUCUAAUUUUAAGGCUGGUUUGUUCAUUGAUAAGGGUGUUAAAACAACUAAUGCUAGUGCUGAUGAUCCCAGAGAAUACCUCUGUUUGGACAACAAUGCAAGGUUUCGACCUCAUCAAGAUGCAGACCCUGAAAAGCCCCGAGUUGCUGCCCUGAUUGACAGAUUAAUUUCUUUCAAAAACAAUGAUCAUGGAGCCUGGGUCAGGGGAGGGGAUAUCCUCAUUCAGAACUCUGGGUUUGCAGACAAUGGAAUAGGUUUGACAUUUGCGAGUGAUGGGAGUUUCCCAAAUGAUGAGGGUGCCAGCCAGGAGGUAUCAGAGUCGCUGUUCAUAGGUGAGAGCAAGAAUUAUGGGUUUCAAGGUGGACAAAAUAAAUAUGUGGGAACUGGAGGAAUAGACAACAAGACACGCACUCUGCCUAGAAAUCGGACAUUUCCAAUCAGAGGCUUUCAGAUUUAUGAUGGACCUAUUCACCUUACUAAGUGCACAUUUAAAAACUUCGUGCCAACUCCAGACAGGUUUACCAGUGCAGUUGGGUUCUUGAUGAAAAAUCCAUGGCAGAUGACUCCAAAAAAUAACAUUUCUCUCGUGAAGUUUGGUCCAAACGUUUCUUUGAAAGCCUUCUUUGGGAAGCCUGGUCCCUGGUUUGAAGAAGGAGAUCUGGAUGGUGACAAGAACUCAAUAUUUCAUGAUCUAGAUGGCUCAGUGACUGAUUACAGGGAUACCUAUGUGGGCCGAAUGGAUAAUUACUUGAUUCAACACCCCAAAUGCAUUAACAUCACAGAAUGGAGUGGAAUGGUUUGCAGUGGGAACUAUGCACAGGUUUAUGUCCAAACCUGGAAUGGACAGAAUCUUUCCAUGACUAUUGUCCGAGAUGAGUAUCCAGCCAAUCCCAUGGUUCUUCGAGGUAUUAAUCAGAGAGCAGCUGCCUUUCAGCAGUACCAGCCUGUGGUGAUGCUCCAGAAGGGCUAUACAAUACACUGGAAUGGAAAAGCUCCAAAUGUCACCUAUCUGUAUCUCAUUAACUUCAACAAGAAUGACUGGAUUCGUGUUGGUCUUUGUUACCAACCAAAACCAGAUUUUCUUAUAGUGUUGGAAACCUUUCAAAGGCGGUCAUCUGCUCUGUCAAGCAAAGUGGAGCGCUACAUGCCUGUAUCUUCAAUGAUGGAGCUUGAAAAGAAUCGAUCAGACAAGAGGUUUUACUUUGACAACAGUACUGGAUUACUGUUUUUAUUUCUUCAAGCCAAAUAUAAUAGGGAUGGUCACAGUUAUUGCUCAUCUCAGGGAUGUGAAAGGAUCAAGAUUGUGACCAAAGAUUCAUCAAAAGGGAUAAGUAAUUGCAUGGCAAAAGCUUACCCAAAGUACUACCAAGUACCAACCAUCAUAAAGAAGAUGCCAGAAAAAACUACUGUACCGUGUUCAAAAUGUGGCACAACUCAGAUGGUGUUCACCAGUGACCCUCACAGAAACUACCUCCUUGUGCAGAUUAAUUCAUCUGAUGAAAAAGAGUCAUGCAGAGGUCAGCAAGCAUUUAUAUAUGUCAAUGACACCAUGUUUUCCUUCAAGGAUAAUGGAAUACUUAUUGUUGUAGUUGAUGCCUGCACUGGCACAGUGUUGGGAAACAAAUUAUUUUCUGGAGUAGACAUUAGGCAUGUAGAUGGAUAUUUAAAAUCUGGAAUUCCACAAAGGUCUAUCAUUCUGCUGAGCACAAGAGGUGAUGUAGCAAUUCCUAGUAAUUUAGCUGAAGCCUUAAUGUCCCUGGGGACAGCGAAACCACCUUAUCUUCAGAACAAUGGAAGCUUGGCCUUUCUGGGCUUCAGAGGAAACAUUAAGCCAUCCUGGAUUAAGCUGUUUACCAGUCCUGCUGGGCAUGGGCUCGUUCAGAUAGAAAAGUAUAUCCCUCUGCAACUGGAAGAGUAUGGCUGUGCCAGAGCAACUAAAAGCCGUCAGAAAGACCUCGAGCUUCUGAAGAAGGCUGCACGAUCUCAUUAAAGACUAAGAUGUACAUAAAAUCUGGGGAAAAAAUGUGAACUAACUUAUUUUUUAAUUUAUGGCAUUUUAAACUAUAUUGUUAUCCAAGCAAAUCAUGUUAUUGUUUGAGAGAUGUUUGCCAGCAUUGACUGCUUGAAUGCCAAUCUGUGCACCUUCUAGUUGUACAAAAUAUUAAAGAAUUUAUUACUAUUUGUAUAAACAGGUUUCAGAGAUUUUUCAGAUGUUUGUAUUUACUGUAAACAAGUUCCUUCUGUUUAAUACUCCUUUUGAUGUAAGAGAGUAUUCAUAAAAGCCUUAAGUUUUUCGUAACAGGUGUUGGAGUGCAUUUUCGGUUACUUGAAAGAGUAACAUCAAUGCCUUCAUAAACAGCUUGGUCAUUAUAACUUAAGCAUUUUUUUCUCAGCUGUUUGGGUGUUUCCAUGGGAGUUUUUCUGUCAGCUCAGUUACAUUCUCAGUCUGCUUUC